AUGUUGAGCACGGCACGGAAAUCGUCUUUGAAGUCAGAAAGUAUGGUCAACGGAGCUGUCUGCAGUAAGCGCAAAAAUGUCAGGUUUGAUCUGCAUACGACCACUAUCAAAAGAUUUGAUUCAAAGGAUGAGCCGAUCGCGAUCUCGACGGAGAACUCGCCGAUCGUGUCGCCGAUCCUGGGGCCCUGGCACGAUGCAGCCUGCGACGUGGACCAAAUGGAGUCCUGCUGGUUCAACGAUCUGAGUAUACUGCCGAGACUGGUGGAUAGAAAUUUUAUUCAGAGUUCGCAUUCACACAACGAUUUGGAACCGGCGGAUUUGGAUCUGGAUGCCGCGAGUGAGGGGGGCGCUCACUUGAGGGAGAACGUUUGUGUCGGGAAAUGGGAUCUGACAGAAUGUAACUCGCAUAGAUUGGUGUUCCCACCCACUGUUGACGACGGUGCUUUGAACAGUGUCAUGGCAGAUUUCCUAAAUGGGCAAGACAUCAAAGUGUCCGAUAUCAAACAAGUCAAUGAGAAUCAGGUCCUGGGGGAACUGAUCGUCAACAAUAUCAUGUUCGAGAAAUCUGUAGAAGUGAAAUUCAGUUUUAAUAACUGGACAAACAUUCACUACAUUAGCUCAAGUUUCGUUAAAUCCAUCACAUCCAAAUACGACCAAUUCAAAUUCGAGAUUAACCUUAACCGGUAUAAAUUCUUCCUACAGUUGAAGGACCUCCUAAACAACAAGAUUACAAUAGACUUGUGCUGUCAGUACGACGUCAAUGGGGAAACGUACUACGACAACAACGAUUACCAAAAUUAUACACUGACCCUCGUGAAACAACCGGAACACACCCCAAGGACGGUCACCGCUAGGGAAAGACUCCACGUUCCAAGUUACACAAGAGGGACAGUGUUCUCACACUCGAGAACGUUCAGCGACGAUACAGACUACUUUAACAGGUCUCCCUUGAAACACCUUUUCCAUAACGAUACUUGCGAACUGAUAAAGAAACCGGCCACGGUGAACGAAGUGUUGAACGUGGACCUAGACCACGAGUAUGCUAUGAGGAACGCCCAGAUCCUUCAAAACUCACUAGAGGAAAGAUCAAUGUCCUCAGCGUCAGACUCCUCCCUAGCGUCAACAACUUCAUCUUCAACCUCACUACACUCCUUCAAGUCGGAUAACUUGGAGGCGACACAAAGUGGGCGGUUGCCCCUUGGGUCCAUCUCAUCGUCAUCAUCCUCCGCAGGGUCACUGACCUCCGACGGCAGCGAGGAACUGAACUUCACAAAGGACUACUACCAACCACAACUGUCCAUCGCAAAGGAUGACCCAGUCUUCUUCAACCCAACGAGUUUCUCGUACGCAAACCCAAUAUUCGAUAACAGUAGUGGCACCCCAUACGAUGAGGAAACAGAGAGCAUUGCCACAGAUACAACAUUCAAAAACAAGUCUGGCUCAGCAGAGUCCAACAGGCCAAUGUCCCCCAUAGCAAGAGUCUCGACUGAUAACUCCACGGACACUCUGAUGUUGAACUCGCCAAACAACAGCACUGCAUCCAAGACGAACGACCUGAGGAACAUGGACUACGAAACACUCCUGCAUUCGUACUGCUUCUACACACCGCCAAAAUUGAACGGCACCACGGCCGCCUCGAACAUCGUACCAUCUUCUCCCUCACAAAGGUUCUUCUGA